AUGUUUGGUGAAGCCCAAGAGCAGCAAGUUACUGAAUAUAGAAGACCUAGUACCUUCUCGCCUAUUAUACCAUCUCACGUUGAACUAUUUGUACAAGCUUAUGAGAAGGAACUGAAUAUGACUUUAAGUGGUCACAAUAAAAGUAACUUUUAUAAUUUGAACACUGCAGAACAUAAGACAUUGAAUGAUUUGACAAAUAAUGUGGAUCUUAUAAUUCAGCCUUCCAGAUACAAAAUUUCUCCAGAGAAGUUAUUACAGCUAUUUAAAGCAGAUGAAGUUCCAAAGGAUAUUGUGAUGGGAAUAAAUAUCAGGAAGCAGAAGGAUCAUUUUGAAGAUAACUUCAACAGUAUGAAGAGUACAGAAUGCAAUGUGAAUUGUAGACAACAAGCAACACUUGUGAGAUCACAGUUACAUGACCCUUCAAGGAACCUCCAGCAGAGGUCUCAGCCUGGAAAGGACAUUGACGAGGUUUAUGUCACUAAUGUACCACAGCUUCUGUCAGAUCAUCACUGCCACCAAACCUCUGAGAGUGAUAGUGGAACACAUGUGACACAUCUGACAGAGCAUCUACCACCACAUACUCAGACAGUGAAGGUGCAUGAUGAGCUUUCUCUCACUCCUACUCCAAGACUUCACUCAGGACAUGGCUGCAACAGGAGCUCUGAAUGUGACACUGGAACACCUGCAGCACAUCAUCUGACAGAGCAUCUACAGCCACGUGCUCAGCAGGUGAAGGUGUAUGAUGAGCUUUCUCUUACUCCUACUUCAAGACAUCACUCAGGACAUGGCUGCAGCAGGAGCUCUAAACGUGACAGAACUAAGAAAUUUCACACAAAAAAAGAAACACACAAAUGUGAUGAAUGCAAUAAGUCUUUCACAUGUGCCAGUGGACUGAAAAAGCAUCAGGUCAUUCACACGGGAUUAAAACCACAUAAAUGUACAGAAUGCAAUAAGUCUUUCACAUGGGCCUUGAGCCUGAAAAGGCAUCAAGUCAUUCACACAGGACUGAAACCAUAUAAAUGUACUGAAUGCAGUAAGUGUUUCACAGUCCUAGGCAAUCUUCAAAAGCAUUAUGCCAUUCACAGAGGACUGAAACCAUAUAAAUGUACUGAAUGCAGUAAGUGUUUCUCACAGCUAGGUAAUCUUCAGGCACAUUUUGCCGUUCACACAGGCAUGAAACCACAUAAAUGUACCGAAUGUGGCAAGUCUUUCACAUAUGCCUCUAACCUAAAAAGGCAUCAAGUCAUUCACACAGGACUAAAAUCAUAUAAAUGUACUGAAUGCAGUAAGUGUUUCACACAGCUAAGUAAUCUUCAGGCACAUCAUGCCAUUCACACAGGCAUGAAACCACAUAAAUGUACUGAAUGUGGUAAGUCUUUCACAUGGGCCUCUAACCUAAGAACGCAUAAAGUCAUUCACACAGGACCGAACCCAUAUCAAUGUUCCAAAUGCAGUAAGUGUUUCAGCGAACUCAGCAAUCUUCAACGUCAUUAUGCCAUUCACACGGAGCUGAAGCGAUAUGAAUGUACCGAAUUCGGUAUGAAGAGUACAGACUGCAAUGUGAAUCGCAGACAACAGCCAACACUUGUGACAUCACAGUUACAUGACCCUGCAAGGAACCUCCAGCAGAUGUCUCAGCCUGGAAAGGACAUUGAUGAGGUUUAUCUCACUCGUGUACCACAGCUUCCAUCAGAUCAUCACUGCCACCAAACCCCUGAAUGUGACAAUGGAACACCUGUGGCACAUCACCCGACAGAGCAUCUACAGUUGCAAGCUCAGACGGUGAAGGUGUAUGAUGACCUUCCUCUCUCUCCUACUCCAACACUUCACUCAGGACAUGGCUACAGCAGGAGUUCUGAAUGUGACACAACUAAGGGAUUUCACAGAGAGAAAGAAAUGCACAAAUGUGCUGAAUGCAGUAAGGCUUUCACAUGUGCCAAUAACCUGAAAAAGCAUCAAGCCAUUCACACAGGGUUGAAACAAUAUAAAUGUAGCGAAUGUGGUAAGUCUUAUAUAUGGGCCAAUAGCCUAAAAAUUCAUCAAGCCAUUCAUACUGGAGCAAAACCAUAUAAAUGUACUGAAUGCAGUAAGUGUUUCAGAAAUCGCAGCAAUUUUCAACAGCAUUUUGUCAUUCACACAGGACUGAAACCAUAUAUAUGUACCGAAUGUGGUAAGUCUUUCAAAUGGGUCGGUCACCUAAAACGUCAUCAAACCAUUCACACAGGAUUGAAACCACAUAAAUGUACUGAAUGCAGUAAGUCUUUCCCAUGUGCCAGGAACCUGAAAAAUCAUCAAGUCAUUCACACAGGAUUGAAACCACAUAAAUGUAUUGAAUGCAGUAAGUCUUUCACACGUGCCAGUAACCUGAAAUAUCAUCAAGCCAUUCAUACUGGAGCAAAACUAAAAAAAAAAAAUAUUAAGAAAGAUAGAUGUGAUAAAAGCAAUGUGCAGUAUUAGAACAGCCCAGGAUAUAUUAUGCACUAUUGGAGAUAAACUAAAAAAUUCAAGACAGUCUGAAAGACUCAGAAGACACGAAGGUAAAUAUAAGGGAAAAGCACAAAAUGAGCAAUUUACUGAUGACCAAAAAAGUUUUAUAGGGAAUUGGGAAAUAAG